GAGAGAGGGUUUAGGAUGUUGGUUUAGAAGGCCAAAAUUUUCUUAAUUGUAGCUCAGACCUCAUUUAUAGACCACUUGUAAAUUAGAACUUGCUAUUACGCAACUUCACUUCUGAAGAGUUUUCUUCAUUAAAUCAGCAAAGCCCAAAAAUUUGUUCCCCAAAAAAUCAUCCCUCUCUUUGGCUUUGCAAGUUUAACUUCUUUCCUUAACUCUCCAUCUUGCCUGCCUCUAUUUUUCAUUUUGGGAAGAGUAACCGAUUGGGCCUUCACACGUAAGACAGUUUGCAAAGAAUAACAGCUUCACGUAAGAAAAACAAUGGUCAUUGGAAUUCGAUACGAACCGGCCCGCGGCUUGUAAGACAGACCGGGAGGGUUACUGUUACCGACUUCGGAAAGAUUCUCGGCGAAAGUUUAGACCCAAAGAAUCGCCACGAAGUCCGCCAAACCUGGUUCCAUGCACGAGACACGUAGGGUCUCUGAAACACGUGUCCCCUGUCCCUGUCUUGACUUUCUCUUCUUCGCAACUCCCUACAAUCGCUGCUUUUCUCUAGUUAAUCACGUUUGCAAAAUGUUAUCUUUCUAUCUGAAUCUGCCAUAACUACUUGGAUACCGUCCUACCAUUAAUUCUGUGAAGAAGUUGAAGUUAAAAGACAUACCAACUUUUCAAGUGAAAAAAAAAAAAGGGUUAGCUUCAGAACCCGAAAAAGAAAACAACAUGAGCAGUAACUUGGAGACAAGGUCUUUGCUGGAUGACUGGCGUAACUUCGACAAGGGAUGCUUCUUCGACCUUGGACACCCUCUCCUCAACCGCAUUGCUGAGAGCUUUGUCAAAGCUGCUGGCAUUGGAGCGAUUCAGGCUGCGGCGAGGGAGUCUUGUUUCAUAGCUGUUGAAGGAACUGAAUCAAGUAACUCACCUGAUAUCACCGGUUCCAAGAACAAGAAGAACCGCUUCCCUGACCUCAGAGGAGAAACCAAUCGAAAAUCUCUUGAAGCAAUGGUGAAGAGCACUGGAAAAGAAUCUCUACAGUGGGGGCUGGCUGCAGGAUUAUAUUCUGGUCUCACAUAUGGACUAAAAGAGGCUCGUGGAGCUCAUGAUUGGAAAAACAGUGCAAUGGCGGGAGCAAUUACAGGAAUGGCACUGGCACUCACAUCCGAGGAAGCUUCCCACGAGCAGGUUGUGCAAUGUGCCAUCACCGGAGCUGCUAUUUCGACUGCUGCAAAUCUUCUCACCGGAAUAUUCUAGCUCUUCCUCACCGGAAUAUUCUAAUGCUGCCUUAGAAUUUUAAGUUUGCCUUUUCUGCCUAGACCAAUUUGUAGCAUGUUGGUACUUAAGUUAUAAACAAUGUUUUUUGCUUAGGAUUGUCCUUUUUCUUUAUGAAUUGUCAUCUUUCACCACGAGUACAAAAGGAUUUGGCCUUACCAGCUUUUGUUAAAUCAAGCAUGUACUUUAUUUUGAAAGUGGAUUUUAUUACAAUGUUUUUGCUUAAUUCAAUAAAUUGUAGAUGUUUUUA